GCUAAGCGAGGCUGCGAACCCUACCGCCGCAAACCCUAGGCCCUAAGUGUCACUCCCGUUUGGGUAACCCGUGGAUCUGCAUCACGUGACAUGUGGACUUCCUCUUUGGGUGUUUUUCCUCGCUCUCUCCAAUCGCUGGCGGCGUGGCAACAGAUUGGCCCUGGUUUUACUUGUUUGGGGGAACGUCCGUGUUUCUUAUCGGGACUGCAGCAUCUAUGACCUCUCUUCCCCAGCUUUUCUUCUGUCACCUUGUCAUCUCGACAUCUCCUCCUUCAGACCCGCAGACAAGCCAUCCCGUUGAUCUAUUCUUUUAUAUCAAUUGAACUACCUUCGCUCUUUUAGUAACAAUGUUGCGCUGGUACCAGGCAAAGCUGGCCAAACAGCCCAUUCUCACCGCCAGUAUCACCAGUGCUAUCCUCUUUAGUAGUGGAGACGUCCUGGCUCAACAGGCAGUCGAUCGCAGGGGAUUCGAGAAACAUGACAUAGCUCGAACCGGGCGCAUGGCGCUCUACGGUGGAGCGAUCUUCGGUCCUGCCGCUACUACCUGGUUCGGUUUCCUCCAGCGUCACGUCGUCCUCAAGAGUACUCCAACUACCAUCGCCGCCCGAGUUGCUGCCGAUCAAUGCUUCUUCACCCCUAUACACCUCACCUGCUUCUUGUCAUCAAUGGCUAUCAUGGAAGGUACCGACCCAAUCGAGAAGUGGCGCAGCAGUUUCGUUCCCAGCUACAAGGCAAACUUGGCUAUCUGGCCUCUGGUGCAGGCUGUUAACUUUACCUUUGUGCCAUUGGAAUACCGUGUGUUGGCUGUCAACUUGGUUAGCCUGGGCUGGAACUGCCUUCUGAGCAUGAUCAACAGCGGCGAUGCUUAAUUUACCUCAAGUUAUGGUCUGCAUUGGAGAUACCCCUUUUUUAUGCGAAUGGUACUUAUUGCCAUGUCAUUGAUUGCACCUGAAAUAAUAGAGGGUCUUUAUUUCGUUAUGUUCGUUAGGCGCAAGAAUAGAUUUCAUGAAUAAAAGCAGAUUGUUUUAUCAUACUCGAUCGUCAGUCAAUGUAUUCAGAUGGUUUUAUCCUGACAGAAUCUUUUAAUUUUUCAAUCAAUUAUUACCAUACCC